AUGCAGAGUGAACAGAUUCUCCUCGUUUUACUUCUCUCAUCAUCAGUCUUAGCAUACUAUACACCAAGACAGAGCUCAUACGGAUCAAAUAAACCUUCCCGAGGAUACAACUCUCCAGGAGGAUAUAAACCACCGGGCAAUCCUCCUGUACAAUUUUUCGUACCUCCUCCUCUUAGUUCAGAAUCGUCCUCGGAGGAAGAUUGCGACCACGAAGAAUGCCAUUCCAUUAUUGAUAGUUGUCUUUCCUCCAGCGAUCCUAACUGCCGAAGGCUGAUCAUCAAUUCUAAUUCACCUGAUGUUGACGUCAGCUGUAAAUGUGAUGACUGCGAUUACCUACUUCUAUUGGAUGAGAAUAACCGUAUUCUGAAAAACGUAUCCCGAAAAAAUUAA